AUGCCUCCUCUAUUUGAUUCUAUCUCUAAGAUUCACCCUCCAAGGGAGGCAUGGAGACUCAAAGUUAGGGUACUAAGAACUUGGAUUGUUCCUUCUUUUGGAAAUCUUGAUGUUGCAAAUUCAAUAGAAAUUGUUCUUGUUGAUGGAGAUUCUAACAAAAUACAAGCAAUUGUUAAGAAGCAGCUCAUAAAUAGGUUUAAAGAGAAUGUUAUUAGUUUGCUAACUUCUGUUGGUGAAGAGAAAGAGUAUGUGAAAGAUGCAAAAGUGAUGAAGAUGAUCGUUCUUGAGUUAUCUUCAAAAGAGUUGACAAUACGCUAUGCUCUGUUUGAGGAGUACGUGGAUGAAGUGCAUCGUUUCUUAAGUUCUGGCUAUAUGGAGCUGCCAGUUGUUGUGAUCCAACUUGUCAAAGUUAAAUUCUUUAGGGGACAAGUUGGUCUCCAAAAUGUUAUGCAUGCUACUCGACUGUUCUUUAAUCCAGAUUUGUCUGAAGUAGUUGAUUUCAAAAAUAGUAUGAUUGACCAAGGUAUCAAUAGAACACAGUCAUUGUUUAUUGCUAAUGAGGGCAAGGGUGUUUCAUUGGAAGAUGAUUUUAUGCGGCUUACUAGAAGAUGCACUAUUGACAAACUUCAUGAUAACAACGAGGUUUAUUGGGAGGGGUCUUUUGUGAUUUUUGGUUUUGUGAGAUCUAUUGUGGAUGAGGGACCUUGGUUUGAGAUACAAAGGAUUGUCAAGAAGAAUUCAAGAGCAACCGCUGUCCAGAAUAGAUUAAAGACAAAAAAGAGAGGGUAUCUUAUUCUACAUCAUUGCAAGAGAUUGACUAAGCAUGAUGUCAAGGCUGAUCGAGUUUGGGUGAAUUUGUAA